CGGCGCUGCUGUUUAAACACACACAUACACACACAGGGGAGCCAGGCAGCUAACCAUGGUGAAUGUAAAGAAACGGAAAGGUCGGGUUGUGAUCGACUCCGACUCUGAGGAUAGUGCAAGCGAUGAUAAUUUGGAUCAGGAACUGCUUUCUCUUGCAAAGAGAAAACGUGUGGAUUCUGAGGAUCAAGAAGAGCCUGUUAGCAAACCUGCAGCCUCCACAGAUUCGGAGACAUCGGACAGCGAUGAUGAGUGGACCGUUGGAGGCACUAAAACCAAAAAGAAGGGGAAGCUGAGCAAAGGCCCAGAGAAGAAGAACGCGAUCAAGAAACAAAAGGGCAAAGCGGCUUCAUCGGGAAGCUCAAAUGGAGACAGUUCAGCAGAGAGUUCCGCUCCAGAGGAGGGUGAGGUGUCAGACUCCGACAGUAACAGCUCAUCCUCCAGUUCGGAUUCGGAUUCUUCCUCGGAGGAUGAGGUUUUCCGGGACGGGUAUGGCGAUGAUCUUAUGGGGGAUGAAGAGGACAGAGCCCGUUUGGAGCAAAUGACAGAAAAAGAGAGAGAACAGGAGCUGUUCAAUCGAAUAGAGAAGAGAGAAGUUCUUAAGAGGAGGUUUGAAAUCAAGCAAAAACUGAAGACAGCAAAGAAGAAGGAAAAAGAAGAGAAGAAGAAAAAACAAGAGGAGGAGCAAGAGAAGAGAAAACUGUCUCAGGUCCCCGACACUCAGGUGGUGAUGUCCCAUAAUAAAGAGAGACGGAUCAAGAGAGAUGAGAAACUGGACAAGAAGUCACAGGCCAUGGAAGAGUUGAAGGCUGAAAGAGAGAAGAGGAAAAACAGAACUGCUGAGCUCUUAGCCAAAAGGCAACCACUGAAGACGAGCGAGGUCUACUCGGAUGAUGAAGAAGAGGAGGAAGACGAUGAUGACAAGUCUUCAGUAAAGAGUGACCGCAGCUCAAGAUCUUCAUCUUUUGAUGAUGAGGAGGAGAAAGAAGAAGCUCCGCCCAAAUCCCAGCCGGUGUCAUUACCAGAUGAGCUGAAUCGAAUUCGGUUGUCCCGGCACAAGCUGGAACGCUGGUGUCACAUGCCGUUUUUUGCUAAAACUGUUACUGGUUGUUUUGUGCGGAUUGGCAUUGGAAACAGCAGCAGCAAACCUGUUUAUCGGGUGGCUGAAAUCAUUGAUGUGGUGGAGACGGCUAAAAUUUAUCAGCUCGGGUCCACACGGACAAAUAAAGGCCUUCAGCUCCGACAUGGAAAUGACACACGAGUUUUCAGACUUGAGUUUGUGUCCAAUCAGGAGUUCACCGAAAACGAGUUUAUGAAAUGGAAAGAGGCGAUGUUUGUUGCAGGUAUGCAGUUUCCUACUCUGGAUGAGAUCAGCAAGAAAGAGCAGUCCAUCAAAGAGGCGGUUAACUACAAAUUUAAUGACAAAGACAUUGAAGAUAUUGUCAAAGAGAAAGACAGAUUCCGAAAGGCACCACCAAACUACGCUAUGAAGAAAACGCAACUUCUCAAGGAGAAGGCCAUGGCUGAGGAGACCGGUGAUGGAGAGAAGGUCAAAGGACUGCAGGACCAGUUGAAUGAGCUAGAGGAGAGGGCAGAAGCACUUGACCGACAGAGAACCAAAAACAUCUCUGCCAUCAGCUAUAUCAACCAGAGGAAUCGGAGUUGGAACAUUGUGGAAUCUGAGAAGGCUCUGGUGGCAGAGGGACAGAAUGCCAAGAACCAACAGAUGGAUCCGUUUACCAGAAGGCAGUGUAAACCAACCAUGGUGUCCAAUGCAAGAGAUCCCUCAGUCCACGCUGCUAUUCUGGCUCAUCUCAACCAGAAAUACGGUUCAGGCUCGGGCCAGGACAACCCCCAGCAAGCUAACAAACAGGGCCAGACGGGCCAGAAAGACAAAGAUAAUAACAAGCCAAACAGUGACCUCUCAGAGGAUCUUUUCAAAGUGCACGACUUUGAUGUGAAAAUCGACCUACAGGUUCCAAAUGCUGAAGCAAAAUCCCUGGCAGUAAGUUCAAAUGCAUUGCCUGUUAAAGAUGGAGCUCCACGUCGGUCUCUUAACUUGGAGGACUACAAGAAAAGACGGGGACUCAUCUGAUCUCUAACUCCGCCUAUAUUUUUAUCUUCCCCUGCAUGAUUGGCCACCUGUGCUGGGGGUAUAAAGCUGUGGCCACCCCCUGUGUGUGUGAGUGUGUAUGGGAAAGUGCGAGUAUGUGAAUAUGUAUGAUGCAUAGUAAGUGUACACCUUUUAAGACUGAGCGUGUCAGAGAUUUUGAGUGUGUUCAUGUUUGCCUGAUCACAGAAAGUAUGAAGUUCAGAGUACUUGUAUGAUUGUUUCACAUGUAUGCGAGAGAAAAUAUUCAUGAAUACUGAACUUUCAGCUUUUGUCCUGUAAAUGGAGACUCUGAGAUAAAGUUUUCCAUGUUAAUUACAAUGUAUGCAGACGGGAGAACAGGAUUGCAUUACCUCUUUUGAUUCUCCUUUUCAUACUGAUGUAUGAAGCACACAUUCUCUUCCUCUCAGACCCUCGCAGAAAAGACCCUUUUAUAUCCAAACUUGUAAAUUACUAUCACAAAGGACACUAUAAAAAUGAACACAAAUCUUGGUUUUUUUUUAUUUUGAAAGAUGUUGUUCGUUUUGAACAAGGUGAUCUGGUCUGCCCUACUUUGUCUUUGAAAAAGCUCUGAAUUUUCUAUUCUGUGUUUAAUGGGUUUAAGACAGCUCUGUUUACUCUGCUUGCUGGCCUAGAGUGGCUGACCAAUCAGAUGGGGAGUCUGAGAGUGACCAAUGAUAUCACACUCCCUAAAGAAAAAUGUUUGCUUCAUGAAGACAAUGAUCGAAUAAACAUGUCUGAAACGGACAAAAAAAUGUUGAA